AUGGACUCAUCGCGAAGCAACUUCCAGACCCUCAAGGGCAAAGUCGCCAUCAUCACAGGUGCUUCCCGAGGGCUUGGUGCGGGUUUCGCGUUUGAGUUGGCCCGGAGAGGUGCCAAGAUUGUGGCAACAUAUACAUCUCCAAACAGCGAAAAGCUCGUUGAGGAGCUUUCAGCGAAGAUCGCCUCACUCGACCCUCCGUCUCAAUGCGUUGGUGUCCGGGCAGACCUCCGAGAACCUGACAGCGCUAAAGAGAUAAUCGAGCGAGCCAUCAGCGCGUUUGGACCUCAAAUCGACAUUCUUGUCAACAACGCAGGCGCCGAGCUGGUAAAGCAUCACACUGAUAUUACACCCGCCGACUUUGACUACAUCUAUCGCCUCAACGUGCUCGCUCCACUGCUCCUCCUCCAGGCUACAAAACCUUAUCUCCCUUCUGCAGGCGGUGGCCGAAUCAUCAACAUCUCUUCUGUUGGCGCACGAUACGGGUUUAAAGGCCUCUCUUUGUAUUGCUCAUCCAAAGCUGCACUGGAAGGCAUGACGCGCUGUUGGGCUGCGGAGCUAGGCGAGGAGGGACACACUGUCAACGCAGUAAACCCAGGGCCUGUGCAGAGCGAGAUGUUGGAUAACAUUCCACAAGAUAUUGUGGCGAUGCAAAAAGCACAAACGCCAGCGGGAAAUAGACUGGGAUCCGUCGAUGAUGUUGCCCAAAUCGUUGCGUGGUUGGCGUCAGAAGAAAGUCGCGCCCUGGGCCACUUGUGGGACUCCAUCCUGAUGGGGGUCAAAGCUGCCUUUAUCGGAGCCGCUGGUGCAACCCUCAGCCAUGUUCUUACAUGGACAUUGCUCGCCGGUCACAACGUGGUAGCUCUGGUCCGAGAUGCUUCCAAGCUCAGGAAGAUCUUGACAAGCAACAAUGUCUCGGAAGAGAUCCUGCAAUCCCAGCUGGUCAUAGUUGAGGGCUCUUCCCGCGAUGUAACUGCGGUUAGUAACCUUCUUCGACAUGAGCCAGAUAUCAUUUUCACUGGCAUCACGAGUCUGCCAAGCUUCCAUUGGAACCCUCUUCGCCCGAUCUCAAUGCAGGACUCGACUAUUACCGGAGACUCGGCGGCGGCUGUUGUGGAGUCACUUCGACAGCUAAAAGCGAGGAACGCGAUUUCGAAUUCACCAAUUUUUGUACCAAUAUCGUCUACUGGCCAUGGUACACAGCGAGACCAGCCGUUGCUCCUGAUCCCACUGUAUCUAUGGCUUCUACCAGUUGCGCAGGCCGACACAGCAGUACUGGAGCGAGUGGUACGGGAAGCAGCAACGCAAGACAGCGCACCGCUUGGUGGCGUCCCUUCGAGUGGGCUGGGUUUGGGAAGACGACCUGUAUAA